AUGUCACCACACUCGUCUUUUUCAGAGAGAGCAAGAGACUUUCGCAAGCUUGGAAUUUUCGCCUUCCAAACCAGCGUGUUUAUGAUAUUUGAAGCAGAAGGAGCCAUUUUUGUAUUUCAAGAGACCAGUAGAAUGUACCCCUCAACGAUCAUAUCCAAGGAAGGAAUCGAUUCGUCCUCGCAGGGUACUCCGAAUGUCACUCCUGAGUCUACUUGCUUGGAGUUAUGGUACAACUCAGUUCUGGUCUUAUUGGCCGGUUAUAUGAAGAGUGCAGAGACUGCAAUAGCUACAUUCUCAAUCUGCCUUAACAUUGCAACAUGGGAAUUGAUGAUAGGCCUCGGCUUCCUAGUUGCAGCAAGCGUGCGGAUAUCCAAUGAACUGGGGAGAGGAAACACUAAAGCUGCAAAAUUUUCCAUCAAAGUCAUUCUAAGUACUGGGACGUUUAUUGGAGUAAUAUUUUCAGUGGUAUGUUUAUUUUGGAGUCAUCAAAUAGCAUACGUGUUUACUAGCAGUGAGGAAGUCGCAAAAUCUGUGUCAAGCCUCUCUAUCCCUCUUGCCUUUUCAGUCUUGCUCAACAGUAUCCAACCAAUCCUCUCAGGAGUUGCCGUUGGUGCCGGUUUGCAAAGUGUUGUUGCAUAUGUAAAUAUCGGUUGCUAUUAUAUGGUUGGGGUGCCAAUUGGAGCUCUGCUUGGAUAUGUUGCCCAUCUUGAAGUGAAGGUAAAAUUCUAA